UUCCACCACUGCUGCAUUUUGUUGUUGGCCAGGCGGGUAAAAGCUGCUGCUAGCACCGAGCACGGCCUUAUUUGUUAUUAUUAAUGUUCAAGAGGCAACAUGACAUCGUCUCAGCAGUGGCUACUGGUCUGUUUCUCGCUCCUGUGCAUUUAUGCAGCAGUUGAAUCCAAACGGAUUUUCAAAUGUCCUUCAGGAUGCACCUGCACCAAGGAGACCAUCAUCUGCGUCGGGACUUUACAGAUCCCACGGACUGUACCGAGUGAGAUCAACUCCCUGAGCCUGGUUAAUGGGUCCAUUUCUGAAAUCACAGAGGGAAUGUUUUCACUUAUGCCCUCUCUUCAGCUGCUACUUUUGAAUGCAAAUUCUUUGACAACAAUAAAAGACGAUGCUUUCUCUGGCCUUCCACAUCUUGAAUAUUUAUUUAUUGAAGGGAACAAGAUUGAAACCAUCACCAAAUAUGCCUUUCGUGGUCUGCGAGAUUUGACUCAUCUAUCGCUUGCCAAUAACAAGAUGAGGUUUCUGCCAAGAGAUCUGUUUUUUGACUUGGAUUCAUUGCUGGAACUGGAUCUGCGAGGCAACUCUUUCCAGUGUAUUUGUGAGAACAAGUGGCUGAUGAUGUGGCUGAAAAACACCAACGCCACAGUGUCAGAUGUCUUCUGCGCCGGCCCCAGUGACAUGAAGGGCAAGCGGCUCAAUGACCUUCCUAUUCCACCGGGCGAGUGUAUCUCCACAGACUUUGUGCGUCAUCAGUCCAUUCCCAUUCAGUCCAUGUCAGCAGACAUCUUCUCCUUUAAAGAAGACAUCUAUGUGGCGAUGGCUGCCCCCAUCUCAAACAGCUGUGUGGUCAUGGAGUGGGAUCACGUGGAAAUGAAUUUCAGAAAAUUUGACAACAUAACAGGAAAAUCUGUUGUUGGAUGCAAGUCUGUUCUGAUCGACAACCAUGUCUUGAUUAUCGUUACCCAGCUCUUUGGCGGCUCGCAUAUUUACAAGUUUGACGAUCGGCAAAACAGGUUCACAAAGUUUCAAACCAUUGAGGUCUUCAACAUCUCAAAGCCAAAUGAUAUUGAGGUCUUCCAAAUGGACGGGGACUGGUACUUUGUGAUCGUGGAUAGCUCCAAGGCAGGUAUGUCUACUCUAUACAAGUGGACCAACCAACCAGACCGCAAUGAAACUGGUUUCUUCUCCUAUCAGUUUCUCCAUGAGUGGUUUCGUGAUACAGAUGCUGAGUUUGUUGAGUUGGACGGGAAGUCCUAUCUCAUCUUAACCAGUCGCUCUCAGCCACCUGUCAUCUACCUUUGGAACAAGAGCACCCUAAAGUUCAUAUAUCAUGUUGAAAUCACAAAUGUCGACGACGUGGUGGCAGUGAAAUCUUUCCGGAUAGACAAUGACUUGUAUUUGGCCAUGACUUGCUACAUUGGUGACUCAAAAGUCCUGAAGUGGACCAACAAGCAGUUCACCGAGGUGCAAGCUCUGCCUUCUCGAGGUGCGAUGAUCCUCCAGCCUUUCAUAAUCUCUGACAAGCAUUACCUUGCUCUCGGCAGCGAUUACUCUUUCACACAAAUCUACCUCUGGGAUGCGGAGGCCAAAACCUUCCACAAGUUCAAGGACAUUUAUGUGCAAUCUCCCCGCUCAUUUAUAGUAGUGACCACCGAGCGGAGGAAUUUCAUCUUCUCCUCCAGCCUUAAGGGCAAAUCUAUGGUUUUUGAGAAUAUAAUGGUUGACUUGAGCUUAUAGAGCCUUGCAAAAUAAGUGACUUAUUACUUUAUCUGAAUCAUUUUCCAUAAAUGCUAAAAAGGAGUCUAAAAUGCUGCAUAUUGAUGCAACAUAGUGUAUCUUUCUUGGCUGGAGACAAACAUCUUUGCUAGGUUCCUGUAACUCGUAUGACUUUCCAGCAAUUCUGGAAGUAUGUCAGGCUCCCAGUAGUGAACAUUAAAAUAAAGGCAGUUUUUAAAAAUGGCCUUUCAGCCUUUGGAAUGAAACCAGCAUGAAGAUAUUGUUAUGGCAUUCUGCAUAUUACGCUAAAGGUGUCUAUUAUGACCAUAGCUUUAGUCUGGCCAUCCCACACAGGUAGUAGGAAACCUAUAAAUGUAGGGAUAUAAAAAAAGUCUAUUAUAUAUGAUUCUUUAAUGGUGCACCUGUUAGUAGGUGCUCAUUUAAAAGUGAGAAGCCUGAAAUAGUUAUGGCCUAUGGUGCUGCACCUCCCAAGGUGUUGGUAUGCUGGAAAAGCUGUUAAUAGCUCUUAUGUAAGGUCACAUUUGAAAAGUCUGCUGUCAUAGAGAGGGGAAAGAUGUGAUAAUGGUUUAAACAUAGGGAUGAUGUCACACACUUUGGCUAGGUAUGCAUGGCGUACCACAUGGUUGUACACAUGAUGAUAUUGUUGUGCUGUGAAGCUCAAAAAAAAGGUUGGAAAGCAGUGAUUGUUUGAGAAAUCAGACUCCACCACUGUAAGCAAAACAAGUCAAAAGUUAAAAUGCACAAAACUGUGUAUGUGAAGUGAUUACUGGACAACUUGAAAAACUCUUACUACUACCUGUCAUGAUUGGUGAUUCAAAUGUGCAUGAAACAACGGUUUUCUUGGUAACAUUAUCCCCAUUAACGCAGCUGAAUGUAUUAGCUUUAUAUAAUAAGCCUAACGCCUAACUGCACCACAUUCAUAACAUGCUACAUUAUUAACAGAGUGCCUGAUUAGUGUCAGAAAUAAAUGUAAUGUUUCCUUAUUCCUAUGCAAACUGUAUAAUACUGACUGUUGGUCUUAAUAACAAUCUUGAGAUUAAUUGUGUGCAAUUAUAUGACUUGAAAUUACAUUUACAUGGUCUUAAGACACACAUGUUUGCUUUUUUAUUUACUGAUCUUUGAUAUUUUACAUGUAUUUUCAGAUUUAAUUACAGUCAGUUUGGUUUGGAAUAUAAAUCUUUACACACAAAUUACAAUGGCAUGAUGUCCAAAUAAGGUCAUGGUUAAAACAUUGCAAAGUCACCAAAUGCUAACAAGAUCUAGCAUAAGCAAUAUUUUGUUAGUAUUUAACAUUUCUUUAAAACCCAUAGUUUUUUCUAUCUAUCUUAAAAUACAUUGCAAAUAUUUAUAUAUUUAGUUUUGACUAUAGACCCUAGAGCUAGCGCUACACUGAAAGCCUUCAGUCUUGUAAGAAUGUGUUUGUGUAAACGCAUUAAAGUGCAUUUAACCACAUCUAUUGUAUUCAUCUGUGUUUCUCUCUGUCCUCCAUUCUUGUAAAUGCACAGACUGUGCAUUGUGUCCAUAAAGCAGGAACAAAGUGCCUCAGUGAGCACGUUUGAAAUUGAUAGGGCUGUCAGCAUCUGGCAUCUGAGACAGCAUUUCCUUUGAACUGCAGCAGAGGAGAAAUAACACACUCAUAUGGUUAUUGAAAAGAACAAGAAGACACAGUGAUCAUCAUCAUCAUCAUCAUCAUCAUCAUCAUCAUCAUCAUCAUCAUCAGGUGUUAUGUCUUUCAGUGUUGAGGGUUUGAUGUGAUUGAUGCAGCUU